AUGACAGACCUCACCAUCUUCGACUUCGACGGCACUCUCUUCGACACCCAUGAAUCAAUCUCCCAAACCAUCAAACUCACGUUCGAUGCCCUCCUCCCCACCCACAACCCACCUCAAUCUGAAAUCCACCGCCUCAUCGCCAGCGGCACCGGCCUAACAGACACAUUUACCACUCUACAUCCCACCCCAGUCGAAUUCACCCCAGCCGUUGAGAACGAAUGGAUUGAAAAAUACCGUGCUCUCUACGCCACCCACGGCCAGCUACUCAUUAAAGCCUUUCCGGGAGCGAAGGAUCUAUUGACAGAACUCAAUGCCCUCAAGAUCCCCAUCGCUAUCGUUAGUAAUAAGGGCGUAGCGGCCGUUAGAACCGCUCUGGAACGCAGCGGUCUCAGUGGCUAUGUUCCUGAAGAUUUAAUCAUCGGCGAUAAGACCCCCGGGGCAAAGCGCAAGCCGGACCCUUCGAGCUUUGCGGAUGUUCUGGUCCCCACUUUAAGGCAGAAUUAUGGGGUCGAGGUUGAGGCGGGGAAGGUCUUGGUCAUUGGUGAUACUGUGGCGGAUUUGCAGUUUGCGAGGAAUAUCCAGAGUAAGGUUUGCUGGUGUCGUUAUGGAUAUGGAGAUCGGGAAGCUUGUGAGGCUUUGGAGGCAGAUUAUGUGGUGGAUUCUUUGCGGGAUAUUGCGGGGAUUAUCAAGGUCUAA